UUUUUCCUCCGUUAGGAUGGAAAGGGUGGAUUUCGUUCAGUUCAGAGCUGCCGAGACUGUCUUUCUUCCCAACUUCAAUCCUCAGUCUCACCUGGUACUCAGUCGAAGAAGGAGGAGGGGGAGGACCGAGGAGGGACUCUGCUAAUUGGGUUGUCGAAUAUAUUUAGGAAGAUGAAGGAGCUGUGUUAAAUUAGCCGAACACAGUUCACAGAGAGAGAGAGAGAGAGAGAGAGAGAGGAUGAAGGGGCUGGCUCUUCACAGGCCGUUUGUUUCGAGGGGGAAGCUCCCCCUGUUAGCUCUCGUCGAUUCAUUGCCUUCCUGUGCCACUGCUGCUCUACCCACAACGCCAUUCUCCCCCUCUCUAAGAUGGAGAUCAAUUCCCACAUGCAGCAUUUUCCGAGCCCAAGCCUCCAAUAUUAGUGUUGGAUCUGGUGGAUAUAGUGAAAAUGGCAACCCGAACACUCCUUCAGAUAAUUCAGCGAGCAGCACUCCAUCUAAUAUAGAAAAGCCUCCCAGCAAGAUACCUUACCCUCUCUCUGUAGCAUUAGUGCUUUUUGGAUGUGCCAUAGUAUUCUCUCUGAUUGUUUUCGUCAAAGGUGGACCUUCAUCUCUCUUAGCUACGAUUGCAAAGUCGGGCUUCACUGCUGCUUUCACAUUGAUAUUUGUAUCUGAAAUUGGAGAUAAGACAUUCUUCAUUGCUGCACUGUUAGCCAUGCAGUAUGAGAAAGGACUGGUGCUUUUGGGGUCUAUGGGUGCUCUUUCACUUAUGACUAUUCUAUCUGUUGUAAUAGGAAGGAUAUUUCAGUCAGUUCCUGCUCAAUUUCAGACAACUCUGCCUGUUGGAGAGUACGCUGCUGUUACCCUUCUGAUCUUCUUCGGCCUUAAAUCGAUAAAAGACGCAUGGGAUCUUCCAACCAUAGUUAGAAGUGGGGAGAAGAAUGGCCCUGAACUCGAUGAAUAUGUUGAAGCAGAAGAGCUUUUGAAAAAGAAGGUUUCGAAACGGCUCUCGAAUCCCCUGGAAAUUGUCUGGAAGUCGUUCAGCCUUGUAUUCUUUGCGGAAUGGGGAGACCGCUCGAUGCUUGCAACAAUUGCCCUUGGUGCUGCACAGUCUCCUUGGGGCGUGGCAAGUGGAGCCAUCGGGGGGCACCUGCUAGCAACGUCGUUUGCAAUUCUUGGAGGGGCAUUUCUGGCCAACUACAUCUCUGAAAAGCUGGUUGGCUACUUGGGGGGAGUGCUGUUCCUAGUAUUUGCUGUGGCUACGUUUUUCGGAGUUUUCUGAGUAAUCGGGACAUGUAUUUGAACUAGACACCAACCACCUGAUACUUUCUGGGUGGAAAUACAUACUGGGAAGAUGAGCUUGGACCGAACAAGUCAAUAAUUGCUGGGAGAAGGUCAUGCAGUUGAGAAACAUUAUGUCUAAUUUUACCGACAGAGGUCGGUUCUUACGCUGAGCAGUUUGUGCCAUUAUUGGUUAAUUUUGUUUUGAUCUCUGGACUUUGACUCCCUGUGUAAGAAUAACAAGUCCGCUGUUCUCAAUAUCAUUCAAUUCGACCGAGAAA